ACUCAGAGCCUCUCUCUCUCUCUCUCUCUCUCUCUCUCAGUGUGUGAGUGCAGGAAAAUGGCAGAAUCCAGUAUUUCAGUAGAUCAGCUUUCAGUAGAUCUGUUCAGCUGUCCAGUGUGUCUGGAUCUGCUGAAGGAUCCAGUAGCUGUUCCCUGUGGACACAGUUUCUGUAAGGCGUGUAUUAAUGGCUGCUGGGAUCAGGAGGAUCUGAAGGGCGUCUACAGCUGUCCCCAGUGUAGAGAGACUUUCACUCCAAGGCCUGUUCUACGCAGGAACAACAUGCUGGCUGAAGUGGUGGAGAGACUGAAGAAGACUGAACUCCACGCUGCUUCUCCUGCUCACUGUUACACUGGACCUGGAGAUGUGGAGUGUGAUUCCUGCACCGGGAGAAAACGCAAAGCCGCCAAGUCCUGUCUGGUGUGUCUGGCCUCCUAUUGUGAAGAUCACCUUAAACCUCACUUUCAGUCUCCUGUCUUUAAGAAGCACAAGUUAGUGGAAGCCUGUGCAGAGCUCCAAGAGAAGAUCUGCUCUCAGCACGACAAACUGAUCGAGAUCUUCUGUCGUACUGACCAAAGCUUCAUCUGUUAUUUGUGUUCGAUGGAUGAUCACAGAGGCCAUGAUACGGUUUCAGCUAAAGCAAAAAGAACUGAAAAACAGAAUGAGCUACAGGAGGAGCAGAUGAAAUCCCAGCAGAGGAUCCAGGAGAAGCAGGAGAAGGUGCAGGAGCUGAAACAGACUGUGGACAGUAUUAAGAUGUGUUCACAGGCCGCAGUAGAUGAGAGUGAGAAGAUCUUUACUGAGAUCAUCAGCUCCAUGGAGAAAAAGCACUCGGAGGUGAAGGAGCUGAUCAGAGCUCAGGAGAAAGCUGAUCUGAGUCGAGCUGAACGACUCCUGAAGCAACUGGAGCAGGAGAUUGCUGAUCUUAAGAGGAGAGUCACUGAGCUGGAGCAGCUUUCACACACACACGAUCACAUCCACUUCCUCCAGAGUUUCCCGUCUCUCUGUGUUUCUCCUGGAUCUGAGGACUCACCCAGCUUCACUGUCCAUCAACAUCUCUCAUUUGAUGGAGUGAGGAAAUCUCUCUCAGAUCUGAAAAAACAAGUCGAGGAAAUCUGUGAGGAGGAAUUCAACAAAAUCCAUCCACAAGCUGCAGCAGUUCAGAUGAUUUUACUCUCAGAACUGAAGAGCAGAGGAGAUUUUCUGCAGUAUUUCUGUUAUCUGACUCUGGAUCCCAACACAGUAAAUCAUGACCUCAUUCUGUCUGAGAAGAACAGAGCGGUGAAGCGCAGUGAGAGAAAACAGCGAUACUCUGAUCAUCCAGAGAGAUUUGACUCCUGGCCUCAGGUGUUGUGUAAGGAGAGUGUGUGUGGACGCUGUUACUGGGAGGUGGAGUGGAGCGGUGGUGGUGUGUACAUAUCAAUCUCUUAUAAAGAGAUCAGCAGGAAAGGAGGGGGUGAUGAGUGUGUGUUUGGAUUCAACAGUCAGUCCUGGAGUCUGUGGUGUUCUUCUUCCUCUGUCUCUUUCCGGCACAACUACACUCAGACUGAUCUCCGAGGUCCAGCGUCCUCCCGAAUAGGAGUGUAUGUGGAUCACAGUGCAGGAACUCUGUCCUUCUACAGCGUCUCUGACACGAUGAAGCUCCUCCACAGAGUCCACACCACAUUCACUCAGCCUCUAUACGCUGGGUUCUGGAUGUAUUAUAACUCGACUGUGAGGUUCUGUGAUCUGAAAAGAAAUGUUGGUAAAAGUUUUUAGUAAAAUUAUAACUGAGGUGUUAGAUUUAUUUUCUCCCAGAGUUAGAAUGACACUUUUGUGUGCAGAAACUGUAACAGUGCUACAUUAUUAUUAUUAGUAUUAUUAUUAGUAUUAGUAUUAAAAUGUUUUUGAUAAAUAAUUAUAUACAUUAUGACUGUGUUUUAGUGCCAUGUGAAAAUAAAUAAAAAUGAACAUUAGGAGAAUAAAGUGGUAAUAUUUUGAGAAUAAAGUGAAAAUGA